AUGAUGGAGGGGAGCAUCCCGGUGGUGGAUUUUCAGCAACUUUGCGAGGAAGAAGAGUGCAACAAACUAAGAGAAGCAUGUGAGAAAUUUGGGUGUUUUAGAAUCAUCAACCAUUCUAUUCCAAUAACACUAAUGGCGGAUAUGAAGUUGGUGGCUAAAUAUGUGCAUGACCUUCCUAUGGAGAUCAAAAGGUGCUACAAAUCCACCAACACUGACAGUGGCUACCUGGCAUCAUCAAUUGUAACCAGUCCUCUAUAUGAGAGCUUUGGAAUAUAUGAUAUGUGUUCUUCACCCCAAGAAGUUCAGGAUUUCUUUACUCAGUUGGAUGUCCCAAGCCAUCACAGGCACAUAACAGAGGCAUAUGGCAAAGCAAUUCAUGGCUUGACAUCAAUUAUAUCCCAAAAGAUGGCUGAGUCUGUAAGCAUAGUAGGAGCUGAUUUUGAGGACUGGCCAUUCAUUUUUAGAAUUAUCAAAUAUAACUUCACCCAAGAAACUUUAGGUUCCUUAGGUGCACUACUACACUCAGAUAUAGGAUUCAUAACUCUACUUCAAGAUGAUGAAAAUGUUGGAGGUCUAGAAUUGAUGGAUGACUCUGACUCAUUUAUGGCAAUCCCUCCCAAACCAGGGUCUUUCCUUUGCAUUAUUGGAGAUGUUGCACAUGUAUGGAGCAAUGGAAGAUUUCGCAACGUGAAGCAUCGUGUACUAUGUAAGGAAACAACUACUCGUUAUUCAUUUGGUGCAUUUAUGUUAGCAUCAAGGGAUGGUAAUGUUGAGGCCCCAAUAGAAGCAAUAGAACCUAAUCAUGCACGUCUGUAUCGCCCAUUUAAAUAUGAAGAGUUGAGGGAAUUCAGAAUCACCACAGGGAAGAAAACUGGUGAGGUCCUUGAGCAUUUCCGCAUUAAUUAG